AUGGUGACAGGCACACACAAGGCAGUCCGGGUGGCAGCUAUCGCCCUAUCUACAAUCUCCUUCCUCCUGCUCCUCAACACCCUCUUCAGGCACUCUUCCAACAACCCCCAUCCCACAAAACUCAGAGUCGAGGAGCCAGUGGUGGUUAUCUUAGUCCACCCUUCACCGACUCUCAACCGCGCCGAGAAUUUCGAAUUAAAGCGAGCCAUAGCGAGGACAUGGGCCAAGGACGCGGAGGAUUUUGGGGCAAGCAUCUUCUUUGUCGGAGAACAUGACGGUGAGACGGUGAUGCGGAGACCAGGCGAGUUCCAGGGCCGUGCACAGUCCCUCUCUAUGCGAUUCGUGGACCCAACAGACGGUGCUGAAGAAGGAACUUCUGGAGGAAGCGGUAAUGGGGGUAGAGGUGUAAGUACUUCCGGUGGUGCUAGUGGUGCUGGAGGAUCUGGCGGUGCUGGGGAUGAAUACUCCAAGCAGGAGCCCAUGCGCAAGAUGCUGAUCCCUUCAAUUCUCGAGAACGGGCAGGCUGACAGUGCAUCUGGCUUGCUCAAGGCCUAUCACUUUCUAUACAACAACACCAACUGGUAUGCAGGACCCAUGCUGCACACCUACCCAUUCAUUUUAACCACCGACACCACACACUACAUCCAUGUCGAGAACCUUGUUACGGCCCUCCUAUCUUCUCGCCCUCGCCGCCUCCUAACCAUGAAAGACGACCACUCCUUUACCGGAUCCUUCUCCGAAGCCUCAGAAUGUAGUGCCGAGGAUUUUGGCGACAAAGUACCCCCCGUCGUCGUCGACUAUCAAAGUUCUACUGCCGCCAAGAAGACGGCUUCGUUGCAACAUACACAUUGGACCUUGUCUGGGACCCAUUUGGUGUCGAGACAGUUGGUCGCACUGGUCGGACCACAUUUGCACCAAUGCGUCCUCAACAAUGGGUCUACCUCAUCGUCGCCAGUCAACGGGGACUCUUUAGAGGGCGGUGAAGCCUUCCAGGAAUGCGUCCAGCAAUGGGCCUCCCACCCACUCUUCUGGAAGAAUGGAUACUGUGGCCGCCUUGCCGCCCUCCGCUAUGACGCCUCUGCCCUCAACUCCCCUGGAUCUUACUCCUCCUACCCUCUUUCAACCUCCUUGUCGUCAUCACAAGGCUCGAUCCUAUCAUCGAAUACAAGAUCAACCUAUGAAGCGUUCGGACGAAAAGACCGGAGAGGACUCCUCCCCCUGUCUCCUUCGCCUGAAAAUUUCGAGUCAUUUUAUCAGAUGAAGCAACGCGAACGUGCUCAAGUCCAAGACAGGAGGGUGGAAUCAUACGACGAAGAAGAGGACGACAGUAUGAAUAGAGACGACGAGAACGACGAUUCUGCAAUAGAUGUCGGCAACGAUGACCAAAAUACCAUGUCUUCUGACGAGAGAAACGGGAACACCGUCGUCCGUGCGGCAACAUCAUCGGAGAACACGGCCGGAUCUACAACACACUGGAUCGUCGGAUCGGGAUUGACGCGGCCAGAAGAUUUCACACUCCUCUAUCAGGCCCUUAUCGAUCACGAAGCAGACGCCCAGCCAGACUACAACGAAUUCGACGACGAAUAA